CUUAGAUAUAAUAUGUAUUCAACAAUUCAAAUCAUCAUUCUUCUUAUAUUCCUUUCUUUUAUUUGUUCCACUUUUCAAAAUGAUAUGAAAAUUUGUCAACAUUUUCCAAAUGUUUACUACAAAACUUCUCUAAUUGGCGAACCUAGUGACAAUUUAAAAUGUUUAAGAAUAGCUAAAGCUAUCAGGAAACCGGCUUCAAAGAGUCCAUUUUCGUCCCGUAUUGCUCCUAUUUUGAUGCAAAACAUCCUUACGAAUAUUUUAAAUUGUUCAUCGAAUACAAAGUUCAAAAAUUUAGCUGCAAACUGUUUAACAGAAAGAGAAAAGAUACUAACAGAAUUGGAAAAUGGAGAGACGUGGGCCUAUAAAUUUGAGGAUUCUCAUGGAAUUGACUUAUCAGGAACUGCAGUAGGAAGAAAGCAAUCGUAUGGGGAAUACGAUCAAUGUAAAAGUAUUUCCGCAAAUGUAAAGAUUAAUGGAGUUGAUGAAAAAUGGGAAGGAUCCUAUGCUAGAAUAUCUUUUAUGGGACUAAGGCCAGAUAUCUUUAUCCCAGAUUCAUUUAUAAUAGCAUUUUGUGUCGCUCCAAAUUGUAGGGAAUUUAUGGAGAAUGUCAAAGAUUUUAGAAUUUUAAAUGAAAAUUGUUCAGUAAUUGUUGGAGAAGGAGAUUUAAAAGUUGAAAAAAAAUUAGUACCACUUAAAUCCGAUAAAUCAUCAAUUGGAGGAAUCGUAUUCUUUUCAAUAUUUGGAUUUUUCAUGGCAGUUGGAAGUAUCUUGGAUUAUUAUAUUAGUUUCUAUAACAAAGGAAAUAGAAAUUGGGCAAAAGGAAAUGUUGCAAGAUUCUUUUUACCAUUUUCCUUGUAUACAAACAUUCCAAAACUACUCAAAGGUAGACAUUCACCUGGAAGUUUUACAGCAAUUCAUGGUGUGAGGGCAAUAACUGUUUCAUGGAUUGUACUAACACAUGUCUAUUUGAUUUAUCCACAAAUUGGAACUGAUAUAAAUCGAUUUGGCGAUAUGAUGAGAACGUUUACCUUCCAAGCUGUUGUUAAUGGACAAAUGGGUGUUGAUACAUUUCUCGUUUUAAGUGGUUUCCUAUCAGUUCAUGCUUUUAUUAGAGACAUGAAAAAGACAAACAACAAUUUACCAAUAAAGAAGAUAAUUAAUCAUUUUGUUCAUAGAUUUUGGAGAAUAUUACCAAUGUAUGCAGCUGUCAUAUGUUUUUAUUCAACAUUCUAUGAAAGAAUUAGGCAAGGACCUCGUAACAUGGUUAUGAAGGAUAUUCAUUUUUGUAAAAAGUACUGGUGGAGAAAUAUUCUUUUCAUCAAUAAUCUCUUUCCUUUCAACGAUAUAUGUAUGGGACAUACAUGGUAUUUAGGUGUAGAUAUGCAAUUGUAUGUUGUUGCUGCAUUUGGCCUAUUUCUCUAUGUAAUAAUUAUUAUUUAG